CUCCAUCUCCAAUCCCGGGAUCUAAACUCGAAACACUACCGCCCCAACUCUCUGCUCUCUGCUGUGGUCACGGGUCAUUUCCUCUCAAAUUCUGCAUCGAAGCAAUCGAAUUCCACAUUGCUUCAGAUUCAGACAAAAAUUGAAUCGAAAUCGAUGGCGGAUCUGCAAUCUUCACCGCAUCCGCCGCAUCGCUCCACCGCCGACUUCUUCGGCGAUCCAAUCGGCGCGCACCCGCAGUGGUUCAAGCAGUCGUCCUUCCUCCAGCCAGAGUUCGACUCCGAGGCGUACAUAGCCGAUCUGCGGACCUUCGUGCCCUUCGACACCCUCCGAUCCGAGCUCCGGUCGCACCUGGACUCCCUCAAGCAUGAGCUUGUGGAGCUCAUCAACCGCGACUACGCCGACUUCGUCAGCCUCAGCACCAAGCUCGUCGACGUCGACGCCGCCGUGGUCCGGAUGCGGGCGCCGCUUGCCGAGAUCCGCGAGAAGAUCGCGGCAUUCCGCGCCGCGGUGGAAGGCUCGCUCCUUGCGCUGCAGAGCGGCUUGAGGCAGCGCGCGGAGGCGGCGGCCGCAAGAGAGAUGUUGGAAUUGUUGCUCGACACGUUUCAUGUCGUGUCCAAGGUUGAGAAGCUCAUAAAUGAGCUGCCUAGUGUGCCUGCUGAUUGGCUCAAUGGAGUUGUAAAUUCUGUAGGAAAGGAUCAGAUAAACAAUGGGAUCUCCUUACACCAGGGUGAAAAUGAAGCAAAUCUCAGGGAGACUCAAAGCAUGCUCUUAGAGAGAAUUGCCAGUGAAAUGAAUCGGUUGAAAUUCUACAUCACACAUGCAAAGGACCUCCCAUUCAUUGAAAACAUGGAAAAGAGGAUACAAAAUGCUAGCCUGUUAUUGGAUGCUAGUCUGCGGCAUUGUUUUGUAGCUGGACUUGAACACAGGGAUGCCAAUACAAUAUAUAACUGCUUGCGGGCAUAUGCAGCAAUUGAUAACACCCAGAGUGCGGAAGAAAUUUUUGGCUCAAGUGUUGUCGCACCACUCAUUCACAAAGUUAUUCCACAGAGUUUGUCAGGCAUGGUUAGUGGAGCACCUGGAGAUGAACUUGAGGAGGACUAUAAACAAAUUGAGCAAUAUAUAGAGAGAGAUUGCAAAUUUUUACUGGAAAUUUCCUCUACUGAAAAUUCAGGUUUACAUGUUUUUAGCUUCUUGGCCAAUUCAAUACUUAAAGAGGUUCUCUCUGCAAUUCAGAAGGGAAAGCCAGGGGCCUUUUCUCCUGGAAGACCUACAGAAUUUCUGAGAAAUUACAAAUCAAGUCUUCAAUUCUUGGCUCAUUUAGAAGGCUAUUGCCACUCUAGAUAUGCUGUUGCAAAAUUCCGUGCUGAAGCUGCCUAUGUUGAAUUCAUGAAGCAGUGGAAUGUUGGGGUCUAUUUCUUGCUGAGAUUCCAGGAAAUAGCAGGGGCUUUAGAUUCUGCACUUGCAGGUGCUAGUCUUGUCCCAAUUACAUUGUCAGAUUCAUACAGUGGAAAUUCUCAAGAUUUAACUUUAAAACAAAGUGUUACACUUUUGGAUUGCUUGAGAUCCUGCUGGAGAGAAGAUGUUCUUAUCCUUUCGUGCUCAGACAAGUUCCUUCGCUUGUCACUACAACUUCUUUCUAGGUACUCCAAUUGGUUAUUAGCUGGGCUGACUGCUCGCAAAGCUGGUAAUGUAGGAGAGAAUACUGGAUCUGAAUGGGCUAUUUCUGCCAGGGCGGAUGAUUUUGUCUAUAUAAUUCAUGAUAUCAAUUGCCUGGUAGCAGAGAUUGGCAGUGACUUCCUUGAACAUGUUACCCAGCAACUUAGUUCAUGCUCUGCUGAAGUACUAGAUCUCAUAAAGCAAAGCAUCUUACAGGGUGGACAAUCUCUGAAGGAUCUUGUACCCCAAGUGAUGAAACAAAUAAUAGAAACAAUAGUUGAGAAGCCUGUUGAGGAUUUGAGACAAUUGAAGGGAAUAACUGCAACCUAUAGGAUGACUAAUAAGCCUCUUCCUGUUAGGCAUUCUCCAUAUGUGUCAGGUGUACUACGUCCUUUGAAGGCAUUUCUGGAUGGAGAGAAAGCAGCGACAUAUUUGGCGAAGGAAAUUAGGCAUGAAAUUUUACAAGGUGCUGCUUUUGAGAUAACUGGCCGAUAUCAUGAAUUAGCUGUGGACCUUGUUAACAUGACUAGGAAAACGGAGACAUCGCUUCAGAGAAUACGUCAAGGUGCACAAAGGCGGGCGGGAGCAAGCUCAGAUGUAUCCGACCAUAAUGUAUCUGAUACUGACAAGAUCUGUAUGCAAUUGUUUCUUGAUAUCCAGGAAUAUGGGCGGAACCUCUCUGCGCUCGGGGUUGAUGCAGCAAAAAUUCCGGCAUAUGUAUCCUUGUGGCAGUGUGUUGCUCCAACGGAUAGGCAGCAGGCCGUAAGUUUCUAGCUUUCAGCUACAGAGAUGGGCAACAGAUUGGUGCUGUUUUACCUUUGCAAAUAGAAACCAGAAAGAAAGGCAUUUGUUUCUUUGAGUGGCCUGCCCUUUUGUUUUCUAUUAAUUUGCUCUACCAUAGGCAUCUCCCACCUUUUUUUCCCCCUCUAUUUUUGUAAUGCCCUAGGUUCAUUUCUUGUUUCGAAUAGGUGCAUCUUGACGUUAUUAAUUAAUUAACGAUAAUAGAAACCAAUUUUUUUGUAUAUUUAA